CAACAACAACAGCAACGAUGCUGCCAUUGUUAUUAUGCAUCAUGCCAUUGAUUCGAUUACCGUUGAACCGGAUCUACAGCUAAAGAUGGAGGACAUGGACCGAUGGUUGGGUUACAAUCAAGAUCAGUACAGGUCGGACGCGCCUGUGAUAUUGGAGCGACGCGAUGCAUUCGUGGCGUAUCUUGAAAAGAGCCGUAUCCCGUUUAGGCAUGAAGACGACCCGGUGAUACAUGUCUUGGGACGUGCACGUGUUGAACCACCCUAUGUUGCGACGAGCGUAAUAAGCGAUAAUAAUGUCAUACGCGACCGAGUACGUGAGAUGAUCAUGAAUUUAUUCUAAUCUUUCUAUAUACAACAAGAACAACAAUUGCGCGUGGUUGAGGUUGAGUUAUAUGGGGUG